AUGUAUUCCACAAAGCAUCUGUUCUUCUUCGCCAUUAUGAUUUUUCACUGUUAUGAGCUCGCUAUUGCUGAUUCUAUACAUGGAUGUGGGGGGUUUGUUGAGGCGAGUCGAGCACUGAUAAGAUCGAGGAAGCCAACUGAUUCAAAAUUGGAUUAUUCUCAUGUUACGGUUGAGCUGCGGACAUUGGACGGAUUGGUUAAGGACCGAACACAAUGUGCUCCUAAUGGUUAUUACUUCAUUCCAGUUUACGACAAGGGUUCUUAUGUGAUAAAAAUAAAGGGACCGGAGGGAUGGACAUAUGCACCAGAACAAGUUCCUGUUAUUGUUGAUCACAAAGGUUGUAAUGCUAAUGAAGAUAUAAAUUUUCAAUUUACUGGAUUCUCUUUAUCUGGAAGAGUUGUUGGAGCAGUUUCCGGGGGUCACUGUUCACAUAGAAGUGGUGGGCCAUCAAAUGUGAACGUCAAGCUUUCAUCUCCUAGUGGGGAUGAUGUUUCUUCUGUUUCAACUACGUCGAUGGGAAGUUACUCAUUUGAGAACAUCAUUCCAGGAAAGUAUAAGAUAGGUGCUUUCCGGCGUGAUUUAAAUAUAGAGAUCAAGGGUUCUGAUGAGGUGGAAUUAGGUUUCGAUAACGGUGUGGUAGAUGAUAUCUUUUUUGCAUCAGGAUAUGAUAUUCGUGGCUAUGUGGUUGCUCAGGGAAAUCCGAUACUGGGAGUUCAUGUUUAUCUAUACUCAGAUGAUGUCUUGGAGCUGAACUGUCAGCAUGACUCUGGUAAUGCACCUGGGCUUGGGAAAGCUCUUUGUCAUGCUGUAUCUGAUGCUGAUGGGAUGUUCAAGUUCACAUCAAUACCAUGUGGGACAUACAAGCUCAUACCAUUCUACAAGGGUGAGAAUACCAUUUUUGAUGUUUCACCACCUUCAAUGUUGGUGUCCGUUGAGCACGAUCAUGUUGUAGUCCCUCAAAAAUUUCAGGUUACUGGGUUUUCUGUAGGAGGCCGUGUGAUUGAUGGUAAUGGUAAUGGAGUUGAUGCUGCAAAAAUUUUCGUGGAUGGUCUUGAAAGAUCAAUAACUGAUACAGAAGGGUAUUACAAACUUGAUCAGGUUACCUCGAAAAGAUACAGUAUCGAAGUGAAGAAAGAGCACUACAAGUUUGAAAGGUUGAACGACUUUUUGGUUUUGCCAAACAUGGUUUCAAUUGCUAAUAUCAAAGCAAUAUCAUAUGAUGUAUGCGGCACGGCUCAGACGAUUAGUUCUGCAUACAAAGCUAAGGUUGCUUUGACUCAUGGACCAGAGAAUGUCAAGCCGCAAGUGAAGCACACUGAUGAAAGUGGUAACUUUUGCUUUGAGGUUCUACCUGGCGAAUAUCGCUUAUCUGCUUUUGCAGCAACACCUGAGAGUGCUCCAGAACUUCAGUUUUCACCAAAUUACAUAGAUGUUACUGUUCAUAAACCAUUACUAGAUAUAAAGUUUUAUCAGGCACAGGUCAACAUCCAUGGGUCAGUAGUUUGCAAAGACAAAUGUGGGCCUGCUGUUUCUGUAAUGCUUGUGAGACUCGAUGGUAAAAGUCAAGAAGAGAGUUCAGUUAGUUUGACUGAUCCGAGUAAUAAGUUUUCAUUCUCCAACGUUCUCCCGGGGAAAUACAGAAUUGAGGUAAAAACUCAUGGCACUGGAGUCUCAUCAGGAGAAGACGUAUGGUGUUGGGAACAGAACAGUAUAAAUGUGAUUGUUGGUGUGGAAGAUGUUGAUGGGAAUACUUUUAUUCAGAAAGGCUAUUUGGUAAGGGUAAUUUCCAGCCAUGAUGUCGAUGCUUACCUGGUAAAAGCAGACAGUUCACACAUGAACUUAAAGAUUAAGAAAGGUUCCAAUCAGAUUUGUGUAGAGUCUCCUGGUGUGCAUGAACUCCAUUUCAUUGACUCGUGUAUUUCCUUUGGGAGCUCUACUUGGAAAAUUGACACAUCAGAUCAGUCGCCUAUUAACUUAAAGGGUGAAAAAUAUUUGCUGCGAGGGCUUAUAAACGUCAAGUCAAAAUCAAAAGAGGAUUUACCUGAGAGUAUACAGCUUGUCAUCUUAGAUGAUCAAGAAACAUUAGUUGAUAGUACAGUUGCCAAACUUGUCUCAGCUGAAGUUGAUCACUCAGAGGUUGCUGUCUAUGAGUAUUCUGUGUGGGCUAAUUCUGGGAAAAACCUCAUCUUUGCCCCUCGUGACUCACGGAAUGGUGUGGGAAAGCAAAUCUUAUUUUACCCUAAACAACAGAAUGUUUCAGUGGAACAAGGUGGAUGUCAAGCUCCAAUUGCUCCAUUUUCUGCUCGAUUAGGUUUAUACAUUAAAGGAUCAGUUACACCCCCUCUUGCUCACGUUCGCAUAAAAGUUCUUGCACAGACAGAUAGUCGUAUUUCUACACUUAAACAAGGCGAUACCGCACUUGAAGUUACCACAGGGGCAGAUGGUUCAUAUCUUGUUGGACCGCUUUAUGAUGAUAUAGGGUACAGCAUAGAUGCAUCAAAGCCUGGUUACUAUGUAAAGCAAAUUGGACAGUAUGCCUUUUCUUGCCAGAAGUUGGGUCAGAUUUCGGUGCGAUUAUAUUCUAAUGAAGAAAGCAAUGAGCCUUUUCCUUCUGUUCUUUUGUCAUUGAGUGGCGAAGAUGGAUAUAGAAACAAUUCAGUGACUGGUGUUGGUGGCAAUUUCAUAUUUGAUAACUUAUUUCCUGGGAGUUUUUACCUCCGACCUUUAUUGAAGGAAUAUGCAUUCUCUCCUCCUGCUGAGGCCAUCGACCUUUCUUCAGGCGAAUCAAAGGAAGUUGUCUUCUAUGCUAAUCGCAUUGCUUUUAGUGCGAUGGGCAGAGUUACUCUAUUGUCUGGUCUACCAAAAGAAGGUUUGUCGAUUGAAGCGAGGGCCGAGGCAGAAGGCUUUUAUGAGGAGACGGUAACAGACUCAUCAGGAAGUUAUCGGCUGAGGGGACUCCAACCGCUUACCACUUAUGCAAUUAAAAUAGCCAGGAAGGGCAAACUUGAUAACACACAUAUUGAGCGGGCAUCUCCGGAGUUCUUGAGUGUUAAGAUUGGCUAUGAGGAUAUGAAGGAACUGAAAUUUGUAGUCUUCGAAGUGCCAGAGGUUACCAUAUUAAGUGGCCAUGUGGAAGGAACUAAUAUUAAGGAGCUCUGGCCCCAUGUCAGAGUGGAGAUUAGGUCAGCUGUUGAUGAGUCAAAGGUUGUGUCCAUGUUUCCAUUGCCAAUUUCAAACUUCUUUCAGGUGAAAGACUUGCCUAAGGGUAAGUACCUUGUCCAACUCCGAUCUGCUAUGCCAUCCAAUGCUCACAGAUUUGAAUCUGAUGUCAUUGAGAUAAACUUAGAGACGCAACCUCAGAUUCAUGUCGGCCCAUUGAACUAUAGGAUUCAUGAGGACAAUUACAAGCAGGAACUGACUCCUGCUCCCGUGUAUCCUCUGGUUGUCGGGAUUUCAGUGAUUGCUCUGUUCAUAAGCAUGCCAAGAUUGAAGGAUCUAUAUCAAGCUUCCAUUGGAGUUUCAACGACAGGGCCCUCUACAACUGCAAAGAAAGACGUUAAGAAGCUGGUCGUGAGAAAAAAGACCUACUGA